UUCGAGAUUAACCAUCUCAAAAAUGAAUAUCUCGAAUCUGUAGAAGGUCACUACGAUCAUGAAUCCGGUUACAUUCAAGGACUUCAGUUCAAAACCAAUUUUAGGAUUUCAGAACGGAUUGGAUAUGAAAAAGAACGGAUUGGAUUUCAUGGAUAUAUUAGGAAGAGAAAAAUCAUCUCCCUUGGAGCAUACUUCACUUUGAUAUACCCUAAUAGACUGGAAGCGAAAGGCAGCAAGGGAGGCCAUGGACAUCAGUGGGAUGAUGGAGCUGACCAUGACGGUUUAACAAAGAUUCAUGUGCGAGGUGGUUUUGAAGGCAUUCAAUACAUCAAAUUUGAGUAUGUUAAGAGUGGAGAAAUCCAAGAUGGACCAAUCCAUGGUCUCUCGGGAAGCGGUUUCACGCAGACGUUUGAGAUAAAUCAUCUCAACGAUGAGCAUUUGGUUUACGUAGAGGGUUACUACGACGAUGUAUCUGGUGUAAUUCAAGCACUUCAAUUCAAAACAAACCUCAAGACUUCAGAUACUUUAGGAUAUGAAAAGGGUAAGAAGUUUUUACUUGCAGAAAAGAAUAAAAAAAUCACUGGCUUUCAUGGACAUGCUGACAAGAAUCUCAACUCUCUUGGAGCAUAUUUCACAACCGUGUCUCUUACUAAGUCGGAACGACAUGGUGGUUGUGAAGGCUUAUAUUGGGAUGAUGGUGUUUUUGAAAGCAUAAAAACGGUGUAUAUUAGUUAUAAUACCACUAACGUGAAGUGUAUCACGUUUCACUACCACAACCACAAAGUUGUAGAGCGUCAACAUGGGUGGCAGAGUAAACAAGAUGAUGGAGAAGAAGAAAAGUUUGAGCUGGACUAUCCAAAUGAAGUAAUUACAUCUGUAGAGGGAACUUUCAAAAGAUUUGGGCCUGGUAAGACGAGGGUUACGUCCUUGAUUUUUAAAUCAUCCGAAGGGAGAACCUCUCCAACGUUUGGUCUCACGAAUGGUACAAAAUUUGUGUUGGAGAGCAAAGGUUGUGCUGUUGUUGGAUUCCAUGGACGGCAUGAUGAUCGUGAUCUUGUUUCUAUUGGAGCACAUUUUUCUCCACUGCCUCCUCCUACUGCCGAGAAACUAAGACCACAAGGUGGUCUUCGAGGAGAAUCAUGGGACGAUGGUGUUUUUGAAGGUGUUAGAAAGUUAUACGUAGGACAAGGUGACAAUGGUAUCGUAUUCCUUAAGGUUGUGUACGGAAGGGACACUCGUAUUUUUAUUGGUGAAGAUCAUGGAAACACAACACCACUUGAAGUCAAAGAGUUUGAGCUUGAAUAUCCAAGUGAAUACAUUACAGCCGUGGAUGGUUGCUACGACAAUGUAAUUGGAAGUGAAGCUGAAGUUAUAACUAUGAUUAGGUUUACGACAAACAAACGAACAUCUAUUCCCGUUGGAUUCCAAUCUACCUCAAGCUUUUCACUUUACAAAGAAGGCUUUAAAAUUGUUGGAUUCCAUGGAAAAUCAAGUAACAUGAUUAAUCAACUUGGGGUGCAUGUUGUGCCCUUCACCGAUUGA